GGACACACACACACACUCACGCACUGGCUCUGAGCUCAGACUCCAGAGUUGACGUUCUCGAGCGGAGGUCGAGAGAGGGACAGAUGGGAUCCGCACACGACGCUCUGUGCAGCACUGAUCACGACCGAGACAUUGAGAAGAGACUCUGGCAUGGAAAAGAGGACAGCGAGACGGAGGAAAGAAGAUGUUACGGAAUCAGCAGGAUGGGAUUGAGAAACCUGAGCAUCGCAGAAGCUUCCUGAAGACGACAACAAGAUCUCUUUUUAGUUUCCAGCGCUUCUGAAAAGGACAGUUUUGAACGUCUCAUGCACUCGUGCUCGGCUCGAACGGGAAGUUUCUGAUGUUCCAGUUCUGUUCCUGUCUCAAGAAAAUGAUGAGGUGAACGACACAAGCAAAGAAACUCAAGGACAAAUGUGAGAGAUAAAAGUCAGCUUGAAGAGAUGCAUUGCCUAGUCCUGGACUGUCAAGAUAUGCUACACCAGAGAGGACUGUGCACACAAGCUUUGAGUUGAAAAGUAGGGCAUUAAAGGUGUCGGGACAUCCUCUCACUGGUCAACCUGAAAACUGUAUCCCAUGAACAUUUUAUUUGCCUUGAUAUUUUUAGGACACGCAUGGUUACAACUGCUGCAGACAUACACGGUAAGAGUUAUGUGACGUGAGAUUUCGCUCUUGGCUAUGAAACCAUGAUGCAGACUUCUGGGACAUACUCGCAAGCCUACCCUGCCAAAGUUUCAUGUUCUUCAGGACUUACGCAAAGAGAGUAUCACCAAGGUUGCUCAUUGAGCGUUUAAGUGCCCCUGUGGACUAAUGGGGCUGAAGCUCAGGAUACACCCAGUCCCUCUUUUGCAUAUGAAGACACUUGCUUAUAAAGACUCUUCGUGCCAAAACCAGAACCUACUCUGACAGCAUUACCACAAAGACUUACACAGAAACCCUCAGUCAUGUGACCUGAGGAAAUGACCAGUCACAUGCUCUGCUGCCGUCGGCUGGUCUGUUUUAUUUUAUUUUUUAUUACCGCAGCAUUUAUCAUGUUCAGAGUUUGCCAAAUGUCAAAUAUACUGUGUGCUAUGACUGAAUUUUUUAUCUAAUUAAUUGUUCAUUCACAUUUGACUUGUGAAAGCAGACAAAAAACCAACACAGUCAAAUUUUUAUUAACAUCUAUGGUCCAUAAACUACUCUUGGAUAACAUGGUGAGCAAAGAGCCCAACCAUUUGCCAACUGUUCACAGCCACAGCAAUGGCAACCCAGACAAAACACCCACCACCGUGACUGUGCGCUCAGUGCUCCUCAACCGGAACUCUCCAGAUAUUGAAAGCAGACUUAAACGGAGACGAAAUCGCACACAGCAGGUACGCUUUAAAGAUUUGGAGGAUAAUGAUGAGUUCAAGGAUAAAAAUGAGAAGGCGAGGAGUAAGAGCCCAACAGAGGUUCCAAACUGGCAGAAAGAGUUGACAAACGGGCCCUCGCUGGUGGGAGCAGUCCGUGGGGACAUGGAAAAGACAAUUGGAGCAGUGACAGCAUUUUUGAAGAGAGCGCCACCGCACCCACUUACCCCUGGGCCUACCAGACGCUGCUGGGUCCCAACGCAUCCAAGUUCACUCACACUGCCGCUGCCAACUCAGCCAUGCAGGAGUACAGCCAUCCAAACCUCACCCAGUUUGCAGAAGCCGCCCUCGCUCUCUGCCAUGCAUACUCGCAGUCACAGCCUGGGGGGAGCCGGGGAUGACGGAGACUCCUCCGAUGAGCUGACUGCACAGGUCUAUGUUCCACCUCGUAGAUCACAGAAGAGCUCUGUCCAACAUUGUGCCCCUGCUGAGCAAUCAAGGUGCCAGAAAACUGAGGACAAUCAAACUGCCUCUGCGGGUACAUCAACACAACUCCAGCCAUGUUCUGCUGCGCCACAAAAACAGUCUAGAAGGAGAGGUAGGAGGAGAUAUUUAAACAGAGCAGCAAGUGAUCCUGGGAAACCUGAGCCUCCUUGUACUUCUCCAACUAAAACUGUGCACAGAAGCCACCAACAGUCUAACCAACUCAAGAAGCUUCCAUCCAAAGUUGUGGCACACAGAACUUCAGAUAUUGUGCCUCCGCAGCGUUCCCCCACACCCAACACAGUUCAUAAUACGCCAUGUAGUGUCUCUUCCACACAGACUGAAUCAAACAGUGAUUCAAAAAUCCAAACUGUCCCAGAUAACACAACCUCUGAGGUAGAACCUGCAUCUUGUCCAUCUCACACUGCACCACCUCCAUCAACCACAUGUCCCAAAGAAACAUCACAAUGUUGCCCACCGCAGGCUGCUGCGGAGAACAUCAAUUUGACCCCCACUGUACCAGAGCCUUUGUGCACUACCACAGCACAAGUCAUAUCCACUGUCUCCACACCCUCAACACAUGGGCAUUCAUGCAUGUCUCCUAUUGAGUCUACAGGGCGUUGUUGCACACCUGGUAUUCAGAAUAUGGCAAAUUGUAAGACUCCCCGAGUGCCCGAGUCUCAAUGCAUUCCAGAUUCACAUACAGAUCCCACAACUCCUGCUCAAUCCACGCCUUGUUUCCAGACGUUGGAGGAAACCAUUCCAUGCUCCAACACAGCUGGCUCCAAGGCAGCGUCCUGUUCUCAAGGAGCACCUGCAAUUGCCUCUACGUUCAGUUCCACACAGCCAUGCCAGAAGACUCCAACACAACCCAUGGCAUGUGGUAACACCUCAAAUCAACCUGUGUACUCUGUGAUAUCUCCAACACAACCUGUAACUCCAAUUCAGUCUGUGCCAAGAUGUAUGAGUCCUAAACAGAAUGAGCCAUUGGGUAGGACCCCUACCCUUUCUGUACAGACUCCUAUAUCAGCCACACACAUGCCAGCACCUGUUCAGCCUUCAUCAUCUUGUAAAAUUCCAGUGCAGUCUAUACCAUACUGUGUCAAAGACAAACCAGCAACCUUUGGCUCUCCCACUCAACCGAUGGCAUCUCAUAAGAUUCCUACACAAACCCUCCCUCACAAUUUGAUGUCAUUUUCUCCCAAGCCGUCCUGUGCCACUACUCCACACCCUGCUUCACACUUUAAGGGCCCCAUUGCAGUUGCGGCACACGCCAUUCCUGCUGCACAAACUGUGGUACCAUGCAUUUUGGAUCAACAGAAUGUGGCAACCCAUGUGACUCCUUCCAUGCCAGUUCUGAUUUGUAGCCCAUCCACACAACCUGCGCCAGGUAAACUUUCUGUCCAAGCAUUGCCACACUGCAACGCUAAUAUGCAAAAUGCAGUGUCUUGCAGUAAUCCCUCUCAAAUUGUGCCACACUUUAAGACUCCUACUCAAACAGUAUCGCACUCCAAAUCAUUUCCACAAAACAUGUCACCUGUUCUCUGUCCACGCGAGGCAAUGAUGUACGCUAGUAAACCCCAGGAAAUUGUGCUUCCCUCUGCUAAUUUCAGGCAUUCUUUACCUCCUUACGCUUGCCCUCCACUGACUACUCUGCUGUACUCUAACGCUGGGGCGAGCCCCUCCCCUCCUCAGGCCUUCUGCUGCACUCAGGACAGACGAGACAGGAGAGAGUUCAUGCUUCCUCCUCCACCACCUCCUCCUCCUCCGUACACCCCCCGGAAAGAGGGCUCCUCUACUCCUGGACAGCCCCGUAAGCCUCCUGUCCCCAAAGCUGAGAGCAACAAUGCUGAAAAGGACAGAGUGAAAACUGGGGUAGUGAAGCCAAAUGCUGAAGCAGGAACUCACCAUCAGGCGGGUGAAACCCCACCUCCUAUCCCUCCCAAAACUAAGGCAAGAGCUACGGUGAGGCCCACCUGUUUAAGCAGCCGAAGGGCGAUCCUCGGCCCAGAAUCCCAGGCCAGUGCAAACCACUUGCCUCCUGCUGGGGGGACAAACCCCCAGGCGGAGGGCCAAGCGGACACUCUGCGGCAGGUGCAGGAGCUACUGGGGGGGCUUAUGUCUGGGGCUAAGUGUAAGCUGGACCUGGCAAAGGCGAAAGAGAAACUGUUUGGCCCAAACGGCCCUCUGUACGACAUUGGGGCUCUGCAGUCUCAGCUGCACAGCCUGGAAGGGGUGUUGGAGACCAGCCAGAACACCAUCAAGGUUUUACUGGACGUCAUUCAGGAUCUGGAGAAGAAGGAGGCAGAGCGAGACGGAAGACACUCGUACCGAACGGGACAGGACAUUGAGAACUGUGGCACAUGCAGAGACUGCGCCUGUAUCAUAUACAGUGUGGAGCAUGACUUCCGGCUUCAGGAGGGUCAGGUGACGCGAGCGUGGAAGGUCCCGGAGCAGCAGGAGUCAGAGCAGAGCUCUCCUCAGCUGGUCUUUCCUCCUCCGCGCCAGCAGGACUCUCCACAGGCCCUCCAGACGGUCAAGAAGAGCCGCAGGAAGUGCUUCUGGUUCCUGUGAACUCUUUGAUAGCAGGACGUGACAUCACUAAUCAACAAAGACGGUUUCCAACCAACUCUAAGCCUCUUCUCUUCCGGUCCUCUGGUUUAACUUGUUUAGAGGCACAUCAUUCGCUUGACGAGGAGCCUUUAUUUAUUGUCUUUUUAAUCAAGAUUAAUGGACUUAAAGGCUGCUCGCUUUGAUAUUUCAGAUUUAUAGUCCAUGGAAAGAAUUUAAAAAGUCCUUCAGACUCAAAAAUGUCCUUUAAACAAUAAUUCACCCCAAAUCAAAAUUUUGUCAUUAUGUCCUAUUUUCAUUGAUCUGUUCCUUGAAAGUGCCAUAAGUGCUUUCUUAUGGAAUUACAAGUUGAGUGUUUCUGAUUGUUGACCAAUCAGAAACGCUCUCAAGCUGUCAAUCAUUUUGAGUGUUUGUUUUUUUGUCGUUGGAAUAGAGAGAACUGCAUCUAUUUAUUCUGAUUUGAUUUUCCAGAUUUAUAGUUCAUUGUGAUCAUUUGUGUGUUCUUCUCCAGAAGGGGGAGAAGGAGAUGGUCCUCACUGCAGAACACAAGAUCCAGGGAGCGUGGUUGGAUCCAGAUCCAAC